GACUGUGCGUGGAAAGUCCGCCAGCGAUUCGUCAAUUCAACGCUCGGGAGAUAAGGAUCUCUUGUUUAAGCUUCUUUGGCGGAAACCGAGUAGGAAAAGUCGGCGGGAAGUCGUACAUUCGGCCGGAAGCUCGUUUCCCUGCCAUAUUUCAAGGAAGUUGCUUCUAGAAGAACACAAACUGAACAUGCGGCUCGAUCAAAUCGAGAAAGAACGGAAACAGUUUUUACACAAGAACAGCAGCGAAAAACAUUUGCUUCAGCUGUCCGCACGGAAUGCCAAGGCUUUAGACAGCAGACGAAAUAGCGGACAGUAUUUGGUGACGAGUGACAAGAGAUGUCCCUCACCAGCGUGGCAACAUUGGCGCCUAAAUAAAGAUAGGGAACGUCUGAGAAAAUCCUGGAGUUCAACAACGAACGGCGUAUUUUACCCGAGUGGCGAAUAUUGCAUGAAGCAGUUGGAAGUCAAGAAAGUUUGCUUGCUGAAGAAAAUGGCCGAACGAAAUCGCGUGACAAAUUCGUUGCCCUGGAAACGGACCUACGACACGCCACAGGGACCCCCGCCAUCGCGGAGCCCAUCGAAGACGAACAUCAUCUGGGUGCGCGUGCGCAACAGCUCCGGUGAGAUGGAAAUUGAUGGCUUUCUAAGAAGCGAUAAAAACAUCAAUGAAAUGCUUCCCGGAAAGAAGAACAAUCCAGCUGUUCCUGUAAUCGAGGUCAGAGUACCUCAAACAAAUGACAACGGGGCUUCUAAUGACACGAGAACUGAAAACAAAUAUUAUUCGAUGACAGGGAUACGAGAUUCACUUCAGAACACUGUAGGCGUAGAAUCCUUGGAUAUAGACAUUGCGCGGAGUCUUAAGCAAGGCAUAAUACAGGGCACAGGUUCAUGUAUGGAUACUGAAGUAUCCAAAGGACAGCUCUCCCCAACGGUAAAGGGCUUAAAAAUUUGUCCAAACCAGAUGCGCCGCGGUUUCUCGGCAAGUAAAAAGGUGGAAGAAAAAGCGAACGAGGUAUCCGAGAAAAAUGUCCAUCUUCGUUCAAAACCCGAUGAUGCCGUGCUAAAAAGUCGGGAGAAAGCCACCACCUCCUACGCAGAGAGCGAAAACGAUGCGAAAACAGAUCGUCAGGUGUUUGGAAACGACCGGUGUGGAAUUGUGCGGUCUAGGAAAAUCGUGGGCAGUAAUCGAUCCAGAAACAGAUAUGCUCGUGAACUAUCCAAUGUUGAAAAUAUCAGGCAAAGGAUCGGACACUCUCGCCGAAGGGUCGGAAUUGGUCGGAAACAUGUCGGAAAGGAUCGUGAGAAGGUCAACUGGGAUAGGUCUAACAGUGUUCGGUCAAACCCCGAUAAAGGUCGGAAGAGUGUCGGAAAAGAUCGUGAGAACAUCAAAGAGGAUCGGUCAAAUACUUGCAGUGCUCGGUCAACUGGUGGGAAUAGAUUGAAAAGUGUCGGAAGCGGUCGGACGGUCGUUCGGAAGCGCCAACACAACAUCGGAAGCAAGCGGAAAACGCCGAUUGUAGGAGAGAAUGCUGAGGAGAAUAAAAUCUCUGAAGAGGCGGGUAAUAUUUCUUCAACUAAGAGCACUUUGGGAAAAAAUGUGUCGACAUUUGUUAAUUCAACCAACGUGAAGGGAACGGGAAUUUUCGCGAUGAAUUUAACUACUGAAGUACAUCAAAGACAAAGGAUGGAUUUGCGAGAAAAGCAGCUGUUUCCAAGAACGAAAUCAAGAAAUGUUCGUCCAAGCUACAGUCAGCGAUGCGUUCUGACGAAGAUAUAA